CGCACAAAACAGUAUUGCCAUCAAGGUUGACGAAGGUACAUGCCUAGCCAUCGGUUGACCCCAAUUGACCCUCAGUCGUUUAAGUGAUUGAGCGCAUUUAUAUUCGAGAGACUGGAGCGAGCAGUUUAUGUCUAUUUCUGUUUAUCGUGAUUCUUUUCGUGAACUUUAUUUAAACACAUUUCACUGAAAACACCGGCGUAUUUAGCGGGAAAGCAGUAGAAACGGCGAGUAUGCAUGUUGAUGCAAACCCGAAUCAACCAAACGAAGUGCAAGAAAGUUCAUCGUGUGAAAAUGCUGUAAAAUCAAGCAGAACUGAGAAAAGCUGUUUGACUGUCACCAAUGUUCCUGCUUGCGUUUUCAUUUCGGACGAAGGGAAGGAGGAAUUUGAAAAUCUUAUUAAAGAAUAUGGUGCAAUAGUAUCCAUUAUAUAUUUGCAAAGUUUCAGACGUGCAAGAGUCCUUUACCACAAAGAAGACGAUAGCUGCUCGGCAAAGGCCAAGCUUAAUGACUUAACCUUCCAUGGGAACAAAUUAAAAGCAUAUUUCACACAGAUCCCUUGUUCUCCUGCAUUAUCAUCAGUAUCUACUUCUACUCUACUCCAUCCACCUCCACCAGUCAAGCAAUUUGUAAUAUCACCUCCUGCCUCGCCACCCGUCAAUUGGAAACCAACUACAGAAGCAUCGCCUGUCGUAAAUCAUGAACUCUUGACAGCCAUUGCAAGGCUCAAGCCAAACCAACCUUUUGAGGCCCAUGUAGCUACAGGUGAUGAGCCGAGCAUCACUAUUCACUGGUGUGAAGAGGAGGACAAAUCGGGGGAAAAGAAAGAUCAUCCACUGUGUAAUUUACCAAGGCAUGUGGUGCAGACACAAAAACCAAACACUUGAUAGCCUGGCACUACUUUACCAUUUUGAGCCAAAGUCAUGCUUUCCACAAAAAUUAUCUUUGGAAAAUGUAUUAAGUCUUAUUUAUGAAUUUAUUAGUGUAUUUAAAGUGAAUAGUGAAGGUAAAUUUACUUACAAUAA